AUGGCCUCUUUGGAUGGUGAAAUUGCAAUAUCCUCUAAGGUUGCAAUGCAGGCAGGGAUUAACUUGGGGACAGCUGUGUCAAGAGGAUUGUAUCAACCAGCAACAAUCUUUAUGGGCCGCCAAAUGUCAGCCAUCUCAAGCGCUGGAGAUGUUAGUACAGAGCAGAAAUCUCCUCAACCCACGAAGAACUUCAGAACAAUUCCUGACCCAUGUUCACAGCAACAGACAGCCCAGAGCAGUGAUGUGACAGACAGCUAUGUAGUCUGCACUAAUAGUGGCACACAGUGCUUAAAUAAGUCUGACAAAAUAGAUGGAAGGACAUCUCUUCAGAUUGAUGAGAAAAUGCCAGUCACAGCCAGCCCAUUGUCUGAGGAGGAACAGACUCAUUGCUUGGAGAUAGGAAGCAACUCACGUCACGGCAAGAGUAAUUUAUCUGAAAGCAGAAAGUCUGCUGAACUCCAUUCCCUGUUACGGGGAAGAUUACGUCCAGGGAGCAGAACCACUGAUUUAAAGUGUGACAGUUCCAGCAGAUCAGGGGCAUCAGAGGGAGAAAUACUGACACGGGAACAUAUUGAAGUCAAGGAAGACAGUGCCAGACUACCAGUCGCUCCGAUAUCCGUCUCAGAAUACUGUGCAUCUGAAAGGAAGUGUUCUCAAGAGAAGCAUUCUGCUCAGGAAGGUUUCUCAGAUCAUCCUCCUCACGGGGACCCCGAGGCACAGAAGCCCUUCAGGAAAAUGCAGCAACAGCAGGAAGAGGAAAGUCUGAGCAGCAGCAGUGACCUCACAGUUGCCGUAAGUGAAGAUGGUCUGAUUUUAGAGAGUCCAGAACCACAGCCAAAUCCCAGUGACAAGAUGGAGGGAGAAGAUGGAAUAGAGGCCUUAAAAUUAAUCCACUCUGAGCAAGAAAGAGGUGCCCUAUCCACCGAAAAACAUAAUUGUAUUUUGCAAACUCUAAGCUCUCCUGAUUCAAAAAAGGAAUCCUCCACUAACUCACCAACAAGAGAGCUCUAUAAUCACAGUGACAUUCUGAAAGAAGACCUUGAAGCCUGUGGAACAGCUGUCCUUCACCAGCCUCCGAGACUCUUCCCUGGAGGUGGCAGCCAUGAAAAAUCUGAACAAGCGUCAGCCUCAGGCUUGUUGAGGGCACAGUGGGGUCAGCACAUGGCCACCUUGAAAGAACGUGAUAAUUCUAUCACAGAAGAGGUAGCUAAGAAGUCUGAAGUUUCAGUCAAAAACGUGGACCAGAGGACAGGGGUUACAGCGUUAUUGAAAAAAGCCCCUACAGAAGAGUGUGACGAUAGUUCGGCCGUUCACAGUAAUGAAUCAUCUUGCAGCUUGCCAUCUAUUCUGAAUGACAGUAGUGGAAUAAAGGAAGCGAAACCCACUCUAUGGCUCAACAGUGUUCUUACAAGGGAACAAGACGUUUCAAGUGGCUGCGGAGACGAGAGCAAGGAAGAGAGCAUGGCAGCAAAGAUUCCAAUCACAGAAACAAAAGCCUACCAGUUGCUGAAGUGGUCUACCCUUCAGGAUAAUACAAAUCAAACUGAAGACAGGUUCCAAAAGGCAGAUGCUUCUGCAUCACAACUGUCAGGUGACUGCCAGUUAAGAAUCAGACUUGAAGCAGAAACAUCCAAGGCUGAAGUCACCCAGGGGGCAGAGGUCAAGGAUUGCCCUGCACGCUGAUAGCAUCAUGGGAACAGUCUGGUUCCCCUGGCUC